CGGCCUCCCAUCGCAGAGGAGCGACAGCCUCACCGCCGGUCGAAGCCCGCUGCUCUCAGCUCCGGAAACUUUGUCGCCGACGCGAUGCCGUCUGUCACCUCUCACGGCAAUGUCGUCUACGAAGUUGGCACCUGUGCGGUCAAACUUUAUUCUCGACGUACGUUCGCAGCCUGAAAUUCACACGCUGCCAGACCUUGCCGUUAUUACUUCCCUUUUAGAGCUUAUUCAACCUCACUAAACGCGUGUAUCGUGUUUUCAUGGUUACGAUAUCACACACCCUCCCUGUCAUCUCCGCUGCCAGUAGAAACACCCUGUGAACAUUGUGCCAGUUACAUCCUGUGAACUUCGCAGUCAUGGUAGGAUAAUAUGUGAUCUUGGACAGGCUGAGGUGCCAGAGCUUCACCAUUUCUUCGAAAAGAAGCCAUCUUCGUUGAUGCAGUUGUACUUGGCUUUCGAACAUAAUCACCACUCUUUUACGCCAUAACUGAGAUCUCUCGCGCUACGUCACUACAACAUGCACUAGUGCAUCGAAGGCAACGCUGAAUUGUCCCCUGCUGAGCUUGGCUUGCAUAUCUUUAUUUUUUCUAAUGUCGGCAAAGUGUACAUCGAGGCUGUGACUGUUUGAAGCUGUGACCACUUCCGCAAGUUUCUUCCCGACGAUCACCAAUUUAGGACGUGAAACUGCGUUUCGGCAAAGUUGUGAAGUGUCCUGUUCCCGUACCCGGAUACUCUUGUGCAGUCUUGUAUCAACUGGUCCUCGCGUGACGAGCCGCUCACCCACGUGGACCGUCACCGUAGCAGUUAAGCAUUACAGAAGUGCCUGCCUGCCUCCGUGUCCAGGAGACUGCACGCUAGUCACUGGAGCGGACUACGUUUUCUUGUGUGUGUGUAGGUGAAAGAGACCUUCCCUGUGCACGGCAGGUUAUGUCCGAGUCAAGGGCACUCUGGUGGCUUCUUUGCUGGACUAUCAGCUGCCUGUCGCUCCAAGGAGCUCUAUGCGUGGCCAUCUGGAAGCUCUCAGUGCCACGCUGGGUGCCAAACGGAACCGAGGAGCCUGUGUUAUUAGACUGCGAGUACGUGUACAACGAACACGACGUGCGACUCGUGGUCAAGUGGUUUUUCAACGACCUUCUAGAACCAGUGUACCAGUGGAUACCGGAGCUGAACUCGCGGCAGGCCAGCGGGAUCUUGGCGGGUCAUCUGGACGACUCUUCGUAUACCGGACCUUCGCAGUACAGGGCGCUCCGCAUCAUACGGCCCACCACGGAGAUGAGCGGUCUCUACACGUGUGUGGUUUCUUCACUGGCCGGCAUUGACUCGAGGCAGCAGUCAAUGAUGGUCUACGUGCCGGCAAGAAACUUCACGCUGACGUACGUGACUACAGCAGUGCCAGCCGCGUCGCCCCCUGCCGCCUCCUCCCUGGCAACGGCUUCGCGAGCACGCGUCGGUGCUCCCGCCGACAUCACUUCCCCAGCGGGGCCGACAUCGAGUGGCCGCUCGGGUGGGCCCAUGGUCGAGGUGCACUGCGACGCCCUGGGGUUACACCCGCGUCCCACGCUGCGUCUGUUCAGCAUCACCCCGGACAUGCGUCGCACCGAGGUGCAGCGGGGUCGGACGCGCAAGACGAAUGGAACGUACGACAUCGAGCUGUGGCGCUCGUUCAACGCCGAGCAGCUGCCGCAGUCCGUGACCUUCGAGUGCGUACUCGAGAUACCGGGCACCGACUACGAGGUCCGCAGGCGGACGGUGUAUAGUCCCGGGUAUCUCUACUUAACAGAUACUUCUCAUAAACUCAACAUGCAAAAGAGUUGGUUUGUCCUUGCACUAGUCGUCACGCUUUUAAAGAACUCAUACGCUGCCGGAACUUGAAAACUAGUCGUAGGUAUGUUGGUGAGGCCGUUAAAAGGGCACGAAGGACGCAAGUCGACCUUCAAAGUGUUUGUAUCUAUGAUGUACAUACGCACAAGAUAUUUGUAACGAACCCCUGUUCUUUAACAAAGAGCAAUGGCAUUCGACAAACAAAAAACAUGGCACAUAAUUCAAGUUUUAUGUUUCUGAGCCUUUAACUGGGAGCGCUGCAAUUACUGUCGCCUUCCUUCGUUGUUGUAGUCGAUGUACUGUGAUAUGGACAGGCACUUGUUCUUCCUCAUGAUUUCCACAAAACCAUGGGCGUUAAAGCAUUGUACGCUUGAAAUCAACCGGCUACUUAUUUUUCUGCCGCUGAUCUGCAGUACGGACAACUUGAUGUUAAUCCAAAGCAUGGACCAAGAAACCAAAGACUAGAGAUAUGGAGUGGUUGUUCUUAGUAGCACGUACAUGAGGGAACGCUUGAAUAGACAGCACACACGAGGAGCUACGUCAUCGCUUUGAGAUUCGGUGGUCACGGAAAAGGGUGGUCUGGCUUGCAUACGACGAUGAUUUUGGAAAAGAAAUAAAGGGUACUUUUUUACAAAACGAA